AUGCCAAAAGGGCAUGGUCGUGCCUCCCAAGCAGCACUACAGCAAGGUGUGGUCGUGCUAAUGAGGCACGGCCGUGGCACAGAGCAUACUGCAAGCUGCAACGAUAGUCUACAGGCAACGGAGGAGAGUAGCUGCUUGGAGAAUGAAAGAAGUGCUCUGCUCGCCAUCAAGUCCGACAUGUAUGACCCAGGCGACUGGUUCUCGUCUUGGAUCGGCCGUGACUGCUGCAACUGGAGAGGAGUGGGCUGCGACAACAUCACUGGUCACGUUACAGAGCUCGAUCUUCACAGCCCCUACCCUUACUAUGUCUAUGAAGAAGAUCCAUUUUUGUACAUGUUGGACAGUUUCAGUCCUGGGAGAAUUGGUGCUAGUAAGCUGAACCCUUCUUUGCAAGAGCUAAAGCAUUUGAAGUAUUUGGACUUGAGCAUGAACAACUUCUCCUAUGCCCACAUCCCCAAUAUGAUUGCUUCUCUCGUCCACUUGGAGUAUCUCAACCUAUCAAGAACUCUGUUUUGUGGGUUAAUUUCUCCUCAAUUCGGUAACCUCUCCGGCUUGCGUUACCUCGAUCUUAAUGGAUGCGAUGACUCAUUAUAUUACACUUCCAAAUCAUGUCUUCGCUCUGGUGGACUCCAAUGGCUCUCUCAUAUACCUUCGUUGGAGUAUCUUGAUAUGAGCUGCGUCAACCUUUCGAGAGCAACCAAUUGGCUUCAGGAAAUUAAUUCACUCGGCACUUUUCAAGCGUUAAAUUUGGGGAAUGCAAAACUCCCACCUGUUACUUCCCCCCUUCCCCCUUUUAAUCUGACAUCCAUCUCCCAGCUUAGCCUCUUUCACUAUCGGAACUUCAGUAACGCCAUGCUCAGUUGGCUGUCUAAUGCUAGCAACCUCCGAUAUCUUGAUCUCCGCGAGUGCUAUUCUGGACUUCAUGUGGAGCAACUGCAAGUUUCUUUAGGAGCUCUUCCUAAUUUAAAGAAAUUGGAAGUAGCAGACAAUCUCAUCAAGGGAGAAAUUUCUGGAAUUCUAAUUAAUAUCAGCACUAGCCUGCAGCAUUUGGAUGUGAGCUACAACGACGUUAGUGGAGAAAUUGAAGAUAUCUUGUGGAAUCUUAGGCACUUGGAGCACCUCAGUUUAGAUUCUACAAAUGUGAAGGGGUAUUUACCACAUGUUAUGGAGAAUCUCACAACUAUAAGACACUUGAGUGUAUCAAAUACUCAUAUAGCAGGACAUAUUCCAGAAACAGUGGGGAAACUCGUUAAUUUGAGGUAUCUUGAUUUGUCAUAUAACAGAAUCACUGGAGUGAUACCAUGGAGCAUUGGAAACCUUACAAACUUGGUAGGCUUACGUUUGGUGUCGAGCAACUUAACAGGAUCGAUGCCAGAGACUUUGGGUAAUCUCACUAAUUUGGAGUUCUUAGAUUUCGUUAGCAGUAAUGUUUUUGGACAAGUACCAGAAUCCAUUGGCAAACUUCAAAAAUUACGUGUUUUGUUUCUGAAAAAUAAUUUAUUUACUGGUCAGAUACCCGAAUCGAUCGGUAGUCUCUAUAACUUAGAAUUUUUUAGCAUAUCUGAAAACUAUCUGAUAGGACGGAUACCCGGGAAUUUAGGUGAUCUCUGCAACUUGCGCUUAUUUGAUUUAUCACUCAACAGUAUUGGAGGCGAAUUAACAGAUUUGGCUGAUGGUUGGUCCAACUGUACUCGAGGUGCUCUCCUAACAUACUUAUAUCUUGAUGACAACAAUUUGGGUGGUUUGAUCCCUCCAAGUGUAGGUCAACUACAACAACUAGAGCAACUCGUGCUAUCUCACAACUCAUUUCAUCGUCUACCACAGAGCUUUGGAAAUGCCACAAACCUUGUUAUUUUCUCUUUAGCUGGAAAUCAUCUCCAGGGUAACCUUCCUCCUUUCUUUUGCAAUAUGAUGCUCGACGUCCUCGAUUUAUCUUCCAAUGAAUUGUCUGGUGAAGUACCACAAUGCCAUGUUUCAUUUGCUACCUCUCUAGUGUCUCUCCACCUGAAUGAUAAUUCUCUCUCUGGAAGUUUUCCAACCUUCUUAAAGCAUUGCAAAGACUUGGUAAUUCUUGAUCUCGGUGAAAAUAAAUUUUCGGGAGAAAUACCAACGUGGAUAGGGCAGAGCCUUGCGUCAUUGAAGAUCCUUCGCUUGCACUCAAACUUAUUUCAUGGUGCCAUCCCCACAACCAUAGCGAGUAUCGAUUCCCUCCAACUUUUGGAUCUUUCUUCAAACCGUCUUGAUGGUAACAUACCUUCGUCUCUUAGCAAUCUCAGUGCAAUGGCUGUAAAUUCUUCAACAGAUUCUUUAUAUGGUGACUCAGAUUAUGGUGAGGGAUUAACAAUAACCACGAAAGGUUCUUCCUAUGAAUAUACUGAUGAGCUCCGACUGGUACGAAGUCUCGACUUGUCAAAUAACAAUCUUUCUGGUGAAAUUCCAAAUGAACUGACAGAUCUUCUUGGAUUGCACUUCCUUAACUUAUCCAUGAAUCAUUUAACUGGGAGGAUUCCGGAAAAGAUAGGCUGCAUGGCACAGUUAGAAUCUUUGGACUUAUCCAUGAACAAUCUCACAGGAGAGGUUCCUGCGAGCUUAUCUGCUCUUUCUUUCCUGGAGUAUUUGAAUCUUUCCUACAAUAACUUGUCAGGAAGAAUCCCGGAAAGCACACAGUUGUCAACCUUCAACGCCUCAAUCUAUGCUGGUAACGAAGGUCUAUGCGGAUCACCACUGCCACAGUGCUCAAGUCAUGCAACUUUUCAGGUUCCAUCUGAACAAACACAGGCAGACAAGUUUGGACGUGUGAUACAAUACAGCAGCAUUGCAAUCGGAUUUAUUGUUGGCUUUUGGGGUUUCAUUGGAACCAUGAUCUUGAAGAAAGAAGUUAGAGUCUCUCUCUUCCAAUGGCUGGACAAGACCUGCGAUGAUAUAUAUGUUCAGUUGUCACUAAAGCUCAAGAAGCUGAAGCGACUACGUGAAGAGGAAAACUAGUGUUUUGUGCUAUUUGUGCUAAAUGCUCACAGAGCAACUUUUAAUUAAUUACUAUUAUGUUUGAGGACACGUAUAUAUAUUGUGACACGUAUAUAUAUGGUCCUUAAGUCAGUGUGUUGUGCGAUGAAGUGUAUGUUUGAUGAUGCAUGGAUAUGUGUUUUGUAAAUUGUAAUAAUUGAAGAUACAUGGAAUUCUUCAUCUGUUAUUGAGACUUUUUA